AUGAAUACCAAUGUAAUAGAAGACUCCGGAGUUACGAAUGUACCAAGGUGGCUCGUUUUUUGUGAUCAAAAAUUGAAACUGCUGUCAACGGCCAUUAUAAGCCGUUUCGGUUUAGUCUUUGGCUUCAUCAUAUUUGGUUUAAUCGCAGACAGUUUUGGUAGAAGGAUGGCAAUGAUACUGGAUGUGAUCACGGAACUAAUCCUCGGUUUGGUUAUUACGUUCUGUGAUUCAGAGGGAUGGUUUCGUCUCGUUGUCUUUUUAAGGUCGCUACUAGGAAGCGCCAGUUUCUUUAUGGGACUUAUACUGGGCGUUUUUACUGCGGGCAGUACGUAUACGUAUAAGAGUACCGUUAGCAGCAUUCUAUCGUCUAUCGCAUUAAGCUCAGGGCUCGUUGCACACGCCUUGGUAUUAAACAUAACACCUCGUCUUUUUGCUACUAACAUAAGAGCCACGGCAGUUGGUUUCUGUCAUGCUACCGGCCAAAUAGGGUCUAUAAUCAGUUACCUUCUUUUUCUGUUCCAUCCAAUAAGCAAUACAGUAAUCAUGGUAAUAGAGUUAGGAGUAACGCUGAUCAUUAUUGGACUACUAUUCAUAUUUCCCGAUGUGGACCAGCGGGAAUUACCUGACGUUAUGAAAGAUAUGGAUUAUUUCUCAGAGUUAUCAAAACCACUACGAUGGGUUACCCAAAAGACAAAUUCACCAUCUUUAGAGGAGAUGGAAAUGAGAGUUUAUUCUUUUGGCAGCGAUGGCCGUCGACCUUCAACCUCCAAUGUCUCUGAAGUCUCAGCACCUGCUCAGCAAAUAGGUUUUAUCAGACUAUCUAGAGCUUUCAUCAACUACUAG